UCUCUGUGACAUUGAAGUUGCGAUUGAAAGCAAAGCUGUUAACCACAUGUUAUCUGGGUUUUUGCGACGAGGCGUCCAACGAGCACGGUUCACCUUCACCCAGCAACUCGGCGAAGAUCUUUUGAGCGGCGCAGCGGCGGCACUCCACACCCAGAUACGCAAGAUGGAUGACAUUGCGCUGGACGCGGCCAAGAAGACGGCGGCCCGCACGGCGGUGGACCAGUGGGUGACUGAGGACACGAAGAUUCUGGGGAUUGGCAGCGGAUCGACGGUGGUGUAUGCCGUGCAGCGGAUCGCGGAGCGCGUGUGGAAGGAGGGCGAGCUGACGGACCUCAUAUGCGUGCCCUCGUCCUACCAGGCGCGCCAUCUGAUCCUCGACUACAACCUCAACCUGGGCGAUCUGGACAGGAAUCCCAACAUAGACGUGGCCAUCGACGGGGCCGACGAGGUCGACCGCCAUAUGGUGCUGAUCAAGGGCGGCGGCGGCUGCUUGCUGCAGGAGAAGGUGGUGGCCUCCUGCGCCAAGCACUUUAUCGUGGUGGCCGACUACACCAAGAACUCCAUCCGCCUGGGCGAGCAGUGGUGCCGCGGCGUGCCCAUCGAGGUGGCGCCCAUGGCGUACGUGCCCAUCAAGCUGCACAUCGAGGCGCUUUUCGGCGGCGAGGCCUCGUUGCGUAUGGCCAAGGUGAAGGCGGGGCCCAUUGUCACGGACAAUGGCAACUUCCUGCUGGACUGGAAGUUCAUCGCCAACCGGGAGUACGACUGGGACGAGGUCAACCGCGCCAUCACCCUCAUCCCGGGCGUCCUGGAGACGGGCCUGUUCGUGAACAUGGCCCACAAGUGUUACUACGGCAUGGCCAAUGGCACGGUCAAGGUCCAGAACAAGUAGUUCUUGGGCGGAGUUGGGGGAGCGCUGUUUGCAUUUAUUGUUCCUUGAAUUUAAGGCUUGCUAUUUGUAUUGGAUUUAAAUACAUAUUG